GGAUACUUUGGGAAAGGGGUCUUGUCAAGAGCGAGACCAGACCACAGCAUCUUCGACCGAUGGGAGCCACACGAAGGUUCGCUUCUACCUGUCGUCUCAGGGUCCAGGUAUGAGGAGAUGCUCAGGUGGGCGGGAGCAGCUGUCGUCGCCCAGGGAUUGGAUGAUAAGGCUGUCAGUCAAAUCCUGACGAGGCUCUCUCAGCCUGUAGAGAUGGAGGUUGUGAGGAGGGAGGCGGGUCCGGGAGCAGAGGGCGGACUCUGUCACCACACAGAGACGUCGAGGUCAGUGGAAGAGCCAAGAGAAGCUGCAGCUCGUACCGGGACCCAGAUCCUGACCCAGAUCCUGACCCAGAUCCUGACUCUGGUCCUUUGGUUCGAGGUGCUGGUUUUGUCCUGGUCUGUGACAGCAAGGUCGGUGGGGGGGUCAGGGAGGUCAGGCGGACUCCGUUCUCUCUGUCAGAGUACCUGCAACUCAGCCUGGAGGAGGCCUUCUUCCUUGUUUACAGCCUGGGCUGUCUGUCUGUCUACCUGCACCAGGUAACUAACUAACUGUCUGUCUGUCUG